AUGUUCGUCCUCUCUCACGUUUCCAACGGACAAGGUCCUCAUCAUCAUGGCCAGCAGCAGAAGAAUCCUGCUGCUGGUCAUGGUCAGGGUCGCGAUCAUCAUCGGGAUGAUGAGGAUAAAGGACGUGGACACGAUGAUCAUGACGACCAUAAAGGAAAUGGAAAGCCGAAGGAUGACGAUCACUCGCCUCCACACGUCAAGGGAUGUCCCCAGCUCGAAACAAUUGCUAGGAACAUCACUUGGACUAGGGUUGCGGCUGACCCUACCUUGGCACCCAAGUUACUCAGGCUCCACUUUCACGACUGCUUUGUUAGGGGUUGCGAUGCAUCGAUACUAUUGGAUUCGACCGCGAGCAAUUCAGCCGAGAAGGAUGCCAUUCCGAACCAAACGGUGGCUGGUUAUGAGGUUAUCGACGAGAUCAAGGCAAGACUAGAAGUGGUUUGCCCAUCAAGUGUCUCCUGUGCUGACAUUGUUGCCCUGGCUGCAAGAGAUGCUGUUUCCUUCCAGUUCAAAAGGCCAAUGUGGCCUGUUUCCAUUGGAAGGAAAGAUGGCAGAGUGUCUUCAUCCUCUGAAGCUUCAGCAAACUUGCCAUCUCCUUUUUCCAACUUCACCACCUUGCUCCAAGAUUUCAAGAACAAAGGGCUGGAUCUUCAGGAUCUCGUCGCCUUAUCAGGGGCGCACACGAUCGGGGUGGGUCAUUGUGGCUUGAUAUCCGACAGGUUGUUCAACUUCACGGGCGUGGGGGACACCGACCCGUCGAUCGCGAGGGUCUACGCGAGCCUGCUCAGGGCGAAAUGUUCGAACCUUGGAGCCAACAACAACGUCGUCGACCCUGCCAUCGAGAUGGACCCGGGCAGUGGGAGCUCGUUCGACACGCAUUACUACACGGCUCUAAGACAGAACCAGGGGCUGUUCGAGUCCGACGCGGCUCUGCUGACCGACCAGCGAUCGGCUCGAAUGAGCCGGGUGUUCGAGACCAACAGGGAGCUUUUCUUCGUGGCGUUUGGUCAGUCGAUGGUGAAGAUGGGCGCCAUUGGUGGUGUUGGUGCGGGAGAGAUUAGGAAGAAUUGUCACGUUAUCAAUUAA